CCCAUCCUGGCAGGCGGCGUGUGCUGUGGGUCCCUGGCGUCCCCUCCGGCGCGCUCUUGGAGCCACUUCCCAGAGCGGAAGUCUGCCUGCUCUGGCUCCGGUGGGACCUGCUCGGAGGAAUGGCGCCGCCGGGUUCAAGCGCUGUCUUCCUGUUGGCCCUGACAAUCAUAGCCAGCACCCAGGCUCUGACACCUACCCACUACCUCACCAAGCAUGAUGUGGAAAGACUGAAAGCCUCUUUGGAUCGCCCUUUCACAAAUUUGGAGUCUGCCUUCUACUCCAUCGUGGGACUCAACAGCCUUGGGGCACAGGUGUCAGAUGUCAAGAAAGCCUGUACCUUCAUCAAGUCUAACCUGGACCCCAGCAACGUGGACUCCCUAUUCUAUGCUGCCCAGUCCAGCCAGGUCCUCUCAAGCUGUGAGAUAUCUGUUUCAAAUGAGACCAAAGAGCUGCUUCUGGCAGCAGUCAGUGAAGACUCCUCUGUUGCCCAGAUCUACCAUGCGGUCGCAGCACUCAGUGGCUUUGGCCUUCCCUUAGCAUCCCAAGAAGCCCUUGGUGCCCUUACCGCUCGGCUGAGCAAGGAGGAGACUGUGCUAGCAACGGUCCAGGCUCUGCAGACAGCAUCCCACCUAUCACAGCAAGCUGACCUGAGGAACAUCGUGGAGGAGAUUGAGGACCUUGUUGCUCGGCUGGAUGAACUAGGGGGCGUGUAUCUCCAGUUUGAGGAAGGCCUGGAAACCACAGCAUUGUUUGUUGCUGCCACCUACAAGCUCAUGGACCAUGUGGGGACUGAACCAUCCAUAAAGGAGGAUCAGGUCAUCCAGCUAAUGAACACAGUCUUCAGCAAGAAGAACUUUGAGUCACUCUCAGAAGCUUUCAGUGUGGCCUCUGCUGCUGCUGCAUUGUCCCAGAAUCGCUACCACAUACCAGUGGUGGUUGUGCCCGAGGGCUCUGCUUCUGACACCCACGAACAGGCUAUCCUGCGGUUGCAAGUCAGCAAUGUUUUGUCUCAGCCUCUGACUCAAGCUGCAGUUAAGCUGGAGCAUGCUAAGUCGGUGGCUUCCAGAGCUGCUACUGUCCUGCAGAAGAUGCCCUUCACACUUGCAGGGGAUGUUUUUGAACUAAACUUCAAGAACGUGAAACUGUCCAGUGGCUACUAUGACUUCUCCGUCAGAGUUGAUGGUGACAGCCGUUACAUUGCAAAUACUGUAGAGCUUAGAGUCAAGAUUUCCACUGAAGUUGGCAUCACAAAUGUUGACCUUUCCACUGUGGAUAAGGAUCAGAGCAUUGCACCCAAAACUACCCGGGUGACCUACCCAGCCAAAGCCAAGGGUACCUUCAUCGCGGACAGCCAUCAGAACUUCGCCCUGUUCUUCCAGUUGGUAGAUGUGAACACUGGUGCAGAGCUCACCCCUCACCAGACAUUUGUUCGACUUCAUAACCAGAAGACUGGCCAGGAAGUGGUGUUUGUUGCAGAGCCAGAUAACAAGAAUGUGUAUAAGUUUGAACUGGACACCUCUGAAAGAAAGAUUGAGUUUGACUCUGCCUCUGGCACCUACACACUCUACUUAAUCAUCGGAGAUGCCACUUUGAAGAACCCAAUCCUCUGGAACGUGGCUGAUGUGGUUAUCAAGUUCCCUGAAGAAGAAGCUCCCUCCACCGUCCUGUCCCAGAACCUUUUUACCCCAAAGCAGGAAAUUCAGCACCUGUUCCGAGAGCCUGAGAAGAGGCCCCCCACGGUGGUGUCCAACACGUUCACAGCCCUCAUUCUCUCGCCCUUGCUCCUGCUCUUUGCGCUGUGGAUCCGGAUUGGUGCCAAUAUCUCCAACUUCACUUUUGCUCCUAGCACGAUUAUCUUUCACCUGGGACAUGCUGCGAUGCUGGGGCUCAUGUAUGUGUACUGGACUCAGCUCAACAUGUUCCAGACCCUGAAGUACCUGGCUGUCCUGGGCACUGUGACAUUUCUGGCUGGCAAUCGAAUGUUGGCCCAGCAGGCAGUCAAGAGGAUCGCUGCAGAGCAGAGCAGUAGAUUGGCAAAAUAUAGGACACUACGAACAGCACAUUAGUUCCAGAAGAAGGUUGACGACCCUGAAAACGGAAAUGAUUCUUUACCAAGGAGUGAAGACCAUUCAUAGUGUGAAAAGAGGAAUGAGGGGAAACAAAAGAGAAAAUGAAAAAAAUCUGUUAUUUAAAAAGAAAAAAGAAGUUGAGAUGUGGUUACACUUUUACUUGUUUUUCACUUUCUGUUUUACAGAGCAGAUAUGUUUGGGCCCAGAUUGUGUGUCCCUUUGUCAUGAUGUCUGGCAAGAUGCUGUGAAUAUCCCAGACUACCCAGAUGUUACAUUUGAAAAGUUGAAGUCUGUAAUUCAUCUACUUUGGAAUAAAAAGAAUGAUGAUAGGAA